AUGUCUCGUCCGACGCGGACACAGUCGCGACGCCUGGUGUCGUCGCUCUCGCUCCUAUUUUUCGCACUCACCGCGCUCCUUCUUUUGUGUCCCGUCGCUGUCAGUGCAGACGAAGACAAGCGGGGCGAAUAUGGCACUGUCAUUGGUAUUGACCUGGGUACUACGUAUUCAUGUGUAGGCGUGCAGCGAGGAGGUCGUGUUGAGAUUAUCGCGAAUGACCAGGGUCAUCGGAUAACACCAUCAUGGGUCAGUUUCUCGGAAGACGAACGAUUAGUUGGUGACGCCGCGAAGAAUGCCUUCCACUCGAACCCCGAAAACACUGUCUUUGACGCUAAGCGGCUCAUUGGACGCAAGGUGGAUGACCCAGAGAUCAAGCGUGACCAGAAGCACUGGCCUUUUAAGAUUGUUUCAAAGAAUGACAAGCCUGCCAUUCAGGUGAAGCACCGCGGCGAGAACCGCGACUUUACUCCUGAGGAGAUUUCUGCUAUGGUGCUUGGUAAAAUGAAGGAGACUGCUGAGUCGUUCUUGGGCAAGCCUGUCACUCAUGCUGUUGUUACUGUACCCGCAUACUUCAAUGACGCCCAGCGUCAAGCCACAAAGGAUGCCGGAACGAUUGCUGGUCUGCAGGUCCUCCGUAUCAUCAAUGAGCCCACAGCGGCUGCUAUUGCAUACGGUUUGGACAAGAAGGGUGGCGAAUCGCAGAUUAUUGUGUACGAUCUUGGAGGAGGAACCUUCGAUGUUUCUCUCCUCUCGAUCGACGACGGCGUCUUCGAAGUUCUGGCAACCGCAGGUGACACUCAUCUUGGAGGAGAAGACUUCGACAACCGCGUGAUGGACUACUUCCAGAAGCAGUACAAGAAGAAGACAGGCACAGACGUUACAGGCAAUCUGCGCGCUAUGGGCAAGCUCAAGCGUGAAGUCGAGAAGGCCAAGCGCACGUUGUCCAGUCAGCAGUCAACUCGCAUUGAGAUCGAAUCAUUCGAGGGUGGCAAUGACUUCUCGGAGGUCUUGACACGUGCUAAGUUUGAGGAGCUGAACAUGGAUCUCUUCAGGAAGACGAUGAAGCCUGUCGAGCAGGUGCUCAAGGAUGCGAACCUCAAGAAGGAGGACAUUGACGAGAUUGUCCUUGUUGGCGGUUCGACUCGUAUUCCCAAAGUACAGCAACUCUUGAAAGAGUACUUUGGAAAGGAGCCCUCUAAAGAUAUCAACCCCGACGAGGCAGUUGCCUAUGGUGCUGCAGUCCAGGGUGGUAUCCUUUCUGGCGACGAGAGUCUUGGCGACGUCGUCCUUGUUGAUGUUUGCCCGCUCACACUUGGUAUUGAGACGACUGGUGGUGUGAUGACGAAGCUCAUUCCUCGUAACACGGUCAUCCCGACCCGUAAGAGUCAGAUUUUCUCCACUGCCGCGGACAACCAGCCUACUGUGUUGAUCCAGGUGUACGAGGGCGAGCGGUCGUUGACGAAGGACAACAACCUACUCGGGAAGUUUGAGCUGACGGGGAUUCCUCCUGCGCCGCGCGGCGUACCGCAGAUCGAGGUAACGUUCGAAAUUGACGCGAACGGUAUCAUGAAGAUCUCCGCUGCUGAUAAGGGAACUGGCAAAUCAGAAUCCGUAACGAUCACGAACGAAAAGGGCCGCUUAUCGCCUGAGGAGAUCGAGCGGAUGGUAAAGGAGGCGGAAGAUUUCGCAGCGGAGGACGACGCACAGCGCAAGCGGAUCGAAGGGCUGAAUGCCCUGUCGUCGUUCGUGUACGGGUUGAAGUCGCAGCUUGGCGACCAGGAGGGUCUAGGUGGGAAGCUGAGCGACGAGGACAAGCGGACGAUCCUGGACUCAGUGAAGGAGACGACGGAGUGGAUUGACGAUUAUGGCCAGAGUGCGACGGCGGAGGAGCUCGAGGAGAAGCUUGCUGAGGUGCAGGGUGUUGUCAACCCGAUCACAACCAAGCUGUACUCGGGCGGAGGUUCCAGUUACGGGUCGGACGAGGAGGAGGACCCGAUCCACUCACACGACGAGCUAUGA